AUGAUAACGUGCGCCGACCAAGGGUCCUACGCCGAGGUGGUCAACAAAGCGAGGUCCUCGAUUUCCCUUAAGGAUCUGGGAAUCGAGGACUUCCGACCGAGGAGGGCAAUAACGGGGGCCCUCAUAUGGGAAGUGAGAGGCCCGGAGAGCAAGGCCAAGGCAGAUCGCUUGGCCGAAAAGCUGUCGGCCGCUCUCGCGGAUAGGGACGACGUUAGAGUGUCCCGACCCGCAAAGAGCGCCGAACUCCGAGUCUCUGGACUCGACGACUCGGUCACCUCCAAGGAGGUGGCCGAAGAGCUCGCGAGAUCGAGCGAGUGUCCCUCACUGCAGUUCAAAGUGGGGGACAUUCGGAGGGCCCCCAAUGGACUCGGCUCAGCCUGGGUCAGGUGCCCCGCAGAGGCGGCCAAGAAGUUGAUGGCCACUCCGCGAGUAACUGUGGGGUGGUCGACCUGUCGGUUGACGCUGCUGCCGGCCAGGGGCCUCCAAUGUUAUCGAUGUUUGGAGGCCGGCCAUGUACAGCAGCGCUGCACAAGUACGACCGACAGGUCGGGGUGUUGCUUCCGGUGCGGUCGCGGCUAG